CAUGGGAGAUCUUUCCAUCUUCUGAGGUGGUACUCUUCUUGAUAAUUAUUGGACCACAUAGUUUAUUGGAUGAUGCCCAUAGAUAGGGUUUUGCUAUAAGGGUUUGUCUCUUGAAGAAGAGGCCCACGAUCUUCAAGGCAUGGGCACAGGGGAGCUGAUGAUAUGGCUUUAAGUUUGUAACGGUGGGGAAGCGGAUGUCCUUUUUCUAACAAAACCAAAGAAGAAAGAUAGUUAAUAAAAUAGGUUGAAUUUGGCCAAGUGUUGUGCUAUAUACCAUCGUUCCAGCCCUUGGGAACUGAGGCAGAAACAGGAAUGGUCUGAGCUCAAAGCCAGAGUGGGCUGUGUAGUCUUUUUUUUUUUUUCUUUUCUUUUCUUUAGAGCUGGGGACUGAACCCAGGGCCUUGCGCUUGCUAGGCAAGUGCUCUACCACUGAGCUAAAUCCCCAACCCCGAGGGCUGUGUAGUCUUAAAGGGUAUCUGUGGUAGCUUUGCCUUUCUUCUGUUUUGUUCCACUGGGCUCACAGUAGAGUUGACAAUGCUACACAUUGGCGAUGGGAGAUCCUUUUUAUUUUUAUCCACUCUACCAAUUAAAUGCUUGUCUUUCCUGGAAACAUUCCCUCGCAUAUCCAGAAAGGGUGAUUUACCAGUUUCCUGCUCAUCACUGUAGCUUAGUCAACAUUCCAUCACUGUAGUAGCUUUCUGUCAGGGAGAAAACACCUGAGAGAAUGACCUUUAAAUGGGGACAGAGUGCUUUUAGUUCAGCUCCAGAGACGUCAUUCUAUGUCCCCUUUGCUCUGUUGCUUUGGGCCUGUGGCAUGGAAGUGUACAGAGAGAGGACCGAGAAUGAAGUAGAGUAAAGCUGCUAUAUUCCUGGUGGCCAGGAAGCAAAGGCAGGGGAAGAGGCCAGGGUCCCAGUGUCCCUUAAAGGGCAUGCCCUCAUCGACCUACCUCUGAUGGAGCCUCACUUCCCAACAGCACCUCAGAUCAAACCUUCACCAGGUCGUGGCCUUUGGGUGCCUUUUGGAUCCAAACCAUCAGAGCCGUGUAAAUGGGGAUUGAUUUCUGGCUGGACUUAUCUUUAUGCCAUUCCCGUCUCAUUUCAGUCACUGUAAGUUUGAGGUAAUAUUUAAAAAUUGAGGGUUGGGGAUUUGGCUCAGUGGUAGAGCGCUUGCCUAGCAAGCACAAGGCCCUGGGUUCGGUCCCCAGCUCCGGAAAAAAAAAAUUGAGAUGUGUGAACCUUCCAGAUCUGUUCUUUCUAGAGACUGUUUUGACUAUUUUGAAAUGCCCUGAGGGUCCAUAAAACUUUCAGAUAAAAAAGGAAAUGUUUUCUUUUUUUUUUUUUUUUGGUUCUUCUUUUUUUCGGAGCUGGGGACUGAACCCAGGGCCUUGCGCUUCCUAGGUAAGCGCUCUACCACUGAGCUAAAUCCCCAGCCCCAGGAAAUGUUUUCAUCAUCCAGCAGAGAAUGCAAAAUUGAAGCACUUACUAAUGUAAGGAGACUGUAAAACCUUCGCCUACAGAAGUAAAGUUGUUCACUCAUGUUGGUCUUCAUCCCAGCCGAUUUUCUUCUCGGAGGCUUGUACCCCUGAGAUGGUUUAGUCACGAUGGUUGACCUGAUCCACUUUAAGUACAACAACUGCAAUAUUAGUAGCCAACUUAAUUGCCCAAUAUUCUUCCAAGUCGGUAUCUAGAAUACCGCAUCCAACAUGGCUUGUACAGCAGAAUUUCUGCCUAAAGAUCUAAUCCAACAGUUUUAUUUCCUUCUUGGUUCACUACACAUAUUUUAGAGGUUACAUCAUUGGCCUUAACUCUAGAAUUUUCUAACAGUGCCCAUGAAAUAGCUUCAAAUGCUACAACAAGCUUCUUUCUAGUAUACUGUUCAAGUCCAGACCUUGGCUCUCCAUAUGUUGUGAUGUGUUUGGCUAGUUCAGUUUCUGAUCUUUCACCCCACCAAGCAAGAUGUUUAUCCCCUGUGAGAACUUCAAUGCAUCAACACCAUCAUCUCUUGCUCUUCCUAUAUCAACCAUCAGAUCAACUAUAGAACCUCAACACAGUAUAAUAGAAAUGGUACCGUCUUCUUUUUCAUGAUUGAAAACAACCACCCAUGCAUCUGUAACUUAAUAGAAGCAAAUGCUGUUACCUCCAUACCUUGAAGAAAUGCUCUAUUUCCUCAAGAGUAAGAAGAAUCAAUCUGGGGAGAGCUGUAGCUCUAACUCUUUUAUUGUCUCUUGAGAUCCCAUUUUGAGUCCAGCCUUACCAACAUGGUAUUGCCUUUGUUUGCAUAAUGAAGAGCCAUGUUUGUCACUUUGUCACCUGCUUUAAUGUCGUCUUCAUCACUGCCAACAGUAGCGUUGCUUUGUGUACCCAUGAGAUUUUCCUUUAAUGAAAUCCAGCAACUCUUCAGCAGUCUUUCUCGGCACCGUUCCCUCAUCUCUGUUUUGCCUUCAAAAGGAUAAGAGUACUUUCAGUUUCUUUCUUAAAAACCAAUCCAUGGGUUACCAGAUCCCAGAAGUUUACAACUCUGAUGUUUUUAUCAUUGAAAUUACUGGAAUCAGGAAAAAUAGUCACUGAGUAGUAAGUGUGACCAAAAAUGUGUUGUUCGCAGUGUGCACUCGUUUCUGGGGUAAAAAGUAGGGACGAUACUUCAUCAUCAUCCUGAGAGAUUUACAGGACCUCAUCGUGCGAUCAGAAGGGUGCUGAUAGACUUUUGUUGUGUGCCAUUUCUUAACUUAUCAUCUCUGAAACUGAGCAACUAGCUCUGAGAAAUUAUUCAGCUUGUUCCAGAGGACUUCAGCAAAUACCAAAACGGAAUUUCUGCCAUCUCCAACUUCUUGCUCUUGAGGAUGAGAGACCAUGGUGUCAUUUGUGCAUCAGGAUGCUAUACUUCCAGAUCUUUCAAAAUGGGUUCUGUAUCAUUUAUCACAAACCACUCUCCAGGAGACUGAAGAACACUUAAUUCAUUCCACUUGGUCCCUAUGCUGUAUGAAAGUUUGGGAAGAUUCCUUGCAAGCUUGUACUUUUAUAUAGAAGAGGUUUCCAGCCUCUUCUAAGGCUCAAAAUGUUUUGUUUUAUCCUGGAGCAUCUGGGAAAAGACUGGAGGCUUGGGGGCUUGAAGUGAUGUGAUCAGCCUGCAAGAAGCUUUUUUUGGAAGUCUGGAGGAACUAAAGAGCAGGCAAGCUCAGCUACUUCCUUCCUUCUCUCUCCUCCUCCUCCUCCUUCUCCUCCUCUUCCUCCUCCUCCUCCUCCUCCCCCUCCUCUUCCUCCUCCUCCUCCUCCCCCUCCUCCUCCUCCUCCUUCUCCUCCUCCUUCUCCUCCUCCUCCUCCUUCUCCUCCUCCUCCUCCUCUUUUCCUCCUCCUUCUCCUCCUCUUCCUUCUCCUCCUUCUCCUCCUCCUCCUCCUUCUCCUCCUCCUCCUCCUCCUCCCCCUCCUCCAUCUUUCUUUUUCUUCUUCCUGUGAGACUGGGUCUUUCUAUGUAGCCCAGGCUGUCCUUAAACACAUCAUUGAGCCUCAGCCUCAUGAAUGCUGGGAUCACAGGCAGGUGUUACCACACCAGUUAAGCUUGUUUUUCAAUUUCUAUAUACAGUGCUUUAGAGAUUGUGGGAAGAACAACAUUGAGUCUGUAGAUGCGUGUGUGUGUGUGUGUGUGUGUGUGUGUGUGUGCGUGUGUGUGUCUGAGGAGAUCUGAGGACAACUUGUGGACUCUGUUAUCUCCUUUUACUAUAUGGGGGGCCUGUGGAUCAAAUUCAGGUUGUUAGGCUGGACAGCAAGUGGGUCUACCCACUGAGACAUCUUAUUGGCCCUAUACAUAUGUGUGUGCGUGUGUGCGCGCGCGCGCGCGCACACACACACACACACAUACACGAAAGGGAGAGAAUAUGUCCAAAAUUGAUUAAAGAGGUGGUAAUUGAAAUUUUCCCUUUGCUUUGUCCCUACCCCUUUCUAUGCUGCCUCCUGGGGACCGUGUGUCAAGAUCAAACUGAGUAUCUCCUUCCCAGACACCAGCUAUCAGAAAUGCACUGAAGUGGACAGUGUAUUUCUACGAGAAGCCAAUCGUUGCUGACAUUCCUGAUGAUGUUCUGGAUGAAGGAUGGGAAGGUUAUGAGGUCUGAAUCAGUGGUGGGAACGAUAAACAAAGUUUUCCUAUGCAGCAGUGUGUCUUGACCACAGUAGACUCUUCUUUUGUUGUUGAGAAAGGGGGAUUCUUGUAGAGACCAAAGAAAGGAAGCACAAAUCUGUUCAGGGAUGCAUUGGGAAUGAUGUUCUCAAUGUGGUUAUUGUAGAAAGGAGAGAUGGUACUAAUACGCUGAGAGACACCACCGUGUCUUGGCAGUUGAGGCCCCAAAGAACUUGCAGAAUCUGAAACUCCAAUCUCUUUAAAGAUAAUGAAGUCGGGGUUGGGGAUUUGGCUCAGUGGUAGAGCGCUUGCCUAGCAAGCACAAGGCCCUGGGUUUGGUCCCCAGCUCCGAAAAAAAGAACCAAAAAAAAAAAAAAAAAGAUAAUGAUGUUCACUAGCAUGUUGGCAGGAUGCCCUUUAACAGAGAGGGUGAGAAGUCCAAGACCAAAGCCCCAAAGAAUUGGCAUCUUGCUAUGCCCCAUGACCCACCACACAAAAGCUCAUGAAGCUCUGAAGAAACGGGGCACCAAAAGUAAAGAGGCAGCUUCAGAAUAUGCUAACCCUUUGGCUGAGAAUGAAGGAGGCCGAGGACUUCUUAAAUGUGGAGUCCAGUCAAAAAUAACUCUUUAAGGCUAAUAAAUAAAUAAAAUGAUGAGACUUGGAAAAAAAAAGAAAAUUUCCCUUUUGCUAUUCCCAAGUAUGUCAGGAGGUACUUUUAACAGUAUAAUCUUGUGAUUCUUUUUUGGGGGGUGACAUAAAUGCGUUAUGAAAAUGUCAAACAUUGUUUCAAUAUUUUAAAGUUUUAGAAAGGGUCUUUAUGACCAUGUAUUGAGUUUGGUUUGAUCAAUUUGAUACAGUGUAGCUAGAAUCGCCUAGAAAAGAAGUUUCAAUAAGGGAUUGUCUAGGCUACUGGGUCCCUGUGGUUAUAUUAUAUAUAGGCGGUGAUGUUCUCUGGGUAAGGAAUCCUGGAUUGCAUAAGAGAGGAGAAAUCAAGGUAAACAUUUGUCAGUCCAUUGCUUUCUGCUCCUGCCUGUGGGUGUGGCAUCAUCAGUUGUUUCAAGUGUCUGCUAUGCUGACUUCCUGCAGAUGAAAUUGUGAGUCAGGAGAAACCCUUUCUCCAUUAACCUGAUUAUAUAUUUGAUCACAGCAAAAGGAGAGGAAGCGAAGACACCACGCUGUAUCAAGAAUAUAAACGUGGAGUGUAAACAAGAUGUAAACAAGGGUUUGCAGCAGGGAGUCAGGUGGAUAGCGCUUGCCUAUCAUGCAUGGACACUGGCUUCAAUCCAAAGCAUGGGGGAAAAGUUCUUUCUGUUUACUCUCCUUACAUUUUAGAUGUUUAUUAGACAUUCAGAUUGGCAUAGUGGUGGUGGGGAGGUGUCAGCAUGGUGGCAUAAGCUUGAAAACCUAGCACUUUGAGGGCUAAGGCAGGAGGAUCUGGAAAUAAACUAUAAAUGGGGCAACUAUUUAAUUACACGGAGUUCUAUCUCAUUCUGUCCUAAAAUCUUCAUAGCCUUGAAGUACCAUCAAGCACGUAAGUAGGUUCUUUCAUUGAUAAGCAGUGUAGACUCCUUACUACAAGCAGCAUAUAUUCAUUUCUGUAUAGCCCCUUAGGCUCACCCAUGCACUACCAUUGGAGGGGAACUUCUAAGAGUAGAACUGUAAGUUUGAGGCUAUCUGCACAUUUACACCUUUGCACAUCAUUGUGUUUUGAUAAUGCUAGAACAGGAAGACCUUUACCUUAGCCAUGGUAAAGGUAAAAGCUACCAGACAUACUGGGGGAAAAAAAGAGCAAAAGAACAGCCUACUAAUUUUAUUAAUAGCUUAUCAGCAUUGAAUGUGAAGCAGAGGCCAUCAGACAGAAACAGCCAAAGGCCCAAAGAAAACAAGUUUUUCUGCUCAAGGUAGAUAAAUAAUGGACAGCUUUGGGAAGGAAGUUGUACUUUCAUGUUCUGGUUGGCUCUUUAUUGCUGGGAUAAACACCAUGACCAAAAGCAACGUGAAAAGGUCUAUUUUGGUUUAAAGCAACCUGAAGGAACCUGAAGCAGGAACCUGGCAGGACUGCUGCUGACCACUUCCUGUCUGCUUGCUUUCUGUUACAUUUCAUACAGUGCUGGGGGUGUGAGGGUGUUGGUGGGUGGGGGUGUGUGUACCUGCCUAAGGAUGGUGCCGCCCACAGUCGACUCAGCUCUUCUGUAUUAAUUAGCAAUCAAGAAAAUACCACACUGCAAUAGUGGUAGCACACUCCUUUAAUUCUAGCCGAGGCAGCAGAUCUCUAUGGGUUUGAGGUCAACCUGGUUUACAGAACAGGUCCAGGACAGCCAGGGCUACACAGAGAAACCAACAAAACAAAACAAAAACAAACAAACAAAAAAACCCCAAACAAACCUAAAACACAAAAACCCAAAACAAAAAUCAAAACAAAAAACCCCCAAGCCCACCACCACCACCACCACAACCACAACAACAACAAAACAAACAUAAAACAGAAAAUGCCACAGACAUGCCUAUAGUAUAGAGGUAGUUCCUCAACAGAAGGUCUUCUUCCCAAAUGUAUCAAGUUGACAGUCAAGAUUAGCCACCCCAGCCUGUCUGGAUUCAUAUUUGCCCGGUGCAGCAUUCCUUCCUGAAGGAAUGAGUCUUCCCUCGGAGAGAGGGGAGUAGGUUUCAUAGCCUGUUUGGGACGAGAAGUGUAUAUUUUAUAUGACCCACUUUGGGGAAGAGGAAUCCUGAUUUCUAUGACUGGCUUAGGGUCAGCAAAGGUGCAGGAGAGAGUCAGGAAGGGGUCAGAGGGAUUUGGCUUCAAGUAUAGGGCAUGCUAAAGUGCGAAUGUGGGGGAGCUGUGUUCUGAGUCUUGGAGAGAUGUCCAAACCUUAAAAAGGGUUGUACUUAAACCGGCUUGUGCUAACAUUGGGUAGCUGCUAAUUUGGGCAAACUGGUUGAAAAUUGGUAUCUCAUGAUUUCACUUUCCAUUUCUUUACACGGGAGUUCAUGCUCUCUGCCUUUGCCUUCAUAUUUCUUUGAUUUCACUGGGCUAGAUUUAUCCAGCAUCGCCAGGCCAUAUGGUUGAGUUCGGAGGGCAGGAUCAUAGGGUCAUCCUGCCCUGGGCUCUGGGCUCUGCAGCCUGGGCAGACCCGGCCGGCGGGAAGGAGGGGUGGGACGUCCGGCUUGAGAAAGCGCUGUUGAGACCGAGAGAAGCCCAGAUGCCUCCGGGACGUCUUGCGCAGGAAACGCAAAGGCGCGGAGAGACUAACCUAGCCGGCGCCGCCCUUUCAAGCUGUGUCUCCAGGGCGACAGGAACUAGAAAACGAAAGUGGAACCUGCUCGCUGCCAGCUUUUAGGCCUUCCCGCUGCCUGAGCAUCUCCUCCCUGCCCAGGCAAGUAGUUUUUCCCCUGGUUUGCAGUGCAGGGAGGCGCGCCGAGGGUCCCAAAGCAUGAGUUCCGCGCGGUCGCGCGCCCCGAAGUGGCCAUCGCGGGAGCGGCAGGUAGGACCUGCGUGCCAUCUCAUCUUGACUCAGCUACUGGUUGAAAGGACAGCGAUUCCGAGACCCUGCAUCUUCUGGGCCAUCACCACCACCGCCUUAGUUUUCUGAAUUCCACGAUGGCAUCAGCGUUGACGGUCAAAGAUCCCACAGUUUCUGAGAGAACAGUUGUAGUUUCUGGGCUUCCAGUCGGCCUCUCAAAAGACCAGUUAGUGAAGCGCUACUUCCGGGAUGAGGGCGGACAUGUGGAAAAGGUGAUAUAUCCACCAAGAUCCAAAGGAGUUGCGUAUAUCAUCUUCAAGGAAAAGAAAGUUGCACAGACCAUCAUCAGACAAAAGAAACACCCUCUAGGCUCAGAGCCUCUGCUCACAGUCUCUCACUUCAGUGAAAAGGUCUUCAACUAUGUGAUGGCCAUUCUUGAUUUGUCUGUUUUUCGGCCUCAGAUUGUGCUAGAAAGCCUAGUAGUAGACCUGAAAAAGAAAAUCCCAACUUUAAAUUUUAGCCCAUUGGGACGCAGUGGGAAAAUCUCUGUGCAAGGUUCAUUUCUGGCCAUCCUGAAGCUCAAACAGGCUUUGAUAUCAAAAGCUAUUUCCGCUUUAGAAAACAACAGGAAAUACGCUGGUGAGAGGAGAAACUGGACUGGACAGAACCCUAGACGGGUCCUGCAGAAAAACGAGAACUCUGCACCGACUCUGGGGACCUCUGUACCUGAGCCUGCCGGCAGCCCGGAGACACUUGUGCUUGAUACAGAUGUUUUUCUUUACUUGAAACACAAGUGUCAGUUUUAUGAACCAACGCUGAGCAAAUACCAUGUCCUGUGUCAGGAAAGGGUGGAUGGUGACAUCACUACCCUUUGUCUACAAGAUGCCCGGGAUGGGUCUUACCCUGGCAGCGUCAGACAUGUGAAGGAGCUCAUUGAGGAGUGGGCCCAGGAGUUCUACCUUGAGCUCAGAAAAGAGCUGCUGGUUUUGGAAGGAAGGAGAGAGAGCGAGAAAAGAAACAUGAGGCAGGCUUUUGAACAACUGUGUUGCAGAUAUCCUAGAGUUUUGAUGAAUGUUCACAGAACACAUAUUGACCUUAUAGGACCUCCUUCUGACACGUCCCUGUUUAAGACACAGCUCAUGAAGUCUGCAGGGCAAAAGGUCACUUGAAGUCUCGGCCACAGUUAUCAUGGUCACUCCCCCCCCGCCCCUCCCCCACCCAGGGUGUAGGUGAAGAUUUGGAUAUGAAGAUAUGGAUAUGAAACUACUUAUCCGGGCUGGAGAGAUGGCUCAGCGGUUAAGAGCACCCGACUGCUCUUCCAGAGGUCAUGAGUUCAAUUCCCAGCAACCACAUGGUGGCUCACAACCAUCUGUAAUGAGAUCUGAUGCCCUCUUCUGGUGUAUCUGAAGACAGCUACAGUGUACUUAUAUAUAAUAAAUGAAUAAAUCUUUGAAAAAAAAAAAAGAAACUACUUAUCCAAAGUUAUCCAGUAGACAGUGAAUGGGACUGGCAUUGAAUAAAAAGUAAUGUCUAAAUCAAGCCUUGAAAAAAAGAACUCACUAAAUGUUGACUGAUUUCCCCUGCAAAUCAAAAUUAUUAGGAGAAGAAGUCUUCCCUUGCAUAGGUUUGCAUGACUAGUGUGCUGUUGCUAAGCUCUCGGGGUUUGUAUUCACCCCACAUAGCAUUAGAAUGUUGGCCGAGCUCACUUGGGAAGUUGUGGUUCUGUCAGAAUUGUGGGGGAAUCUUGGGAGAAGUCUGUGUGAACGCUUUUGUGUGUGCUUCUUGCUUUCCGAUAGUAUGGCAUCCAGAUGAGCAUUGUGAGUCGAAAACAUUGUGAAUCAGAAAUGCCUUUAAUUCAAGUAGUUUGCAGAACAUGCUAGAUUUGCCAAACUGCCCACAGUGAGGAGAUGACUGCGUACCCGGGUUGCUGCGUUGACUGACAGAUAGGCUCAGUGAUGCUGCUCUGCACUGCUUGACAGCAUUGGGUAGUGGAUCAGCACUUGUUUGGAAGAGAUUCAGUGUUCGAAGUACGAUUUCUACUGACUCUUUAUUCCUUUUGCACCGUAAUAAAGGAAAACGUACAGAAGACUAAAUUGUGAGCUGCAUCGUUAUUGCGUGAAGGAUCAUCUGCGUUCUGAGCAUCCGCGAUCUUCCUCUUCAAAUGCUAUUACUUUAGUUGGCACGGUAAUAAAGACAAAGAAAAGCCACAGGGAUUUGUUUCCAGGUCUGCGACUCCCUUGACUUUUAGCCUUAGAAUAAGUCAAUUUUACAUAACAGAGCUCUGCAGAGCUCAUCUUGGUUCAUAAAUAAUAGAACCGUAUCUGUUCCUCUUCAAGUAAACAAACAUGCUCAUGGUUGUUGUAACUGCGUAGGAAAAAUCUGUUGGGUCUUUAUUCUUCUUUGCCAUCUAAAUCCCAAAUGUUUAAACACUUUGUUUCCUUGGUAUAUUUCUGACACCAAAAAAACACAGGCCACCAAAUCCAAAACUUGACAAAUGGGACUACAUCGGUCUGAACAACAUGUGUGCCCCAGAGAACAUGAUCAAUCUGUCGAAAAGAAUGCUUCCACUUGUUUGGGCUUCUGUAACAGGUUUUGAGAGGUGACUUAAACAAUGGACAUUUCUCAACAGUUUAAAGGCGGGGGAGGCAGAUCAGGGUGCAGUCAAGGCUGGACUGUGAUAAGGGCUGGAUUUCUUUGAGAAAGCAAUGUAGUCCCCUCUCUUAGAACACUAAUUUCAUCCUGAGGGGCUUCCUUCAUGACUCAGUCAUGCCCUCUCAGGGCCCCACCUCCAAAUACCAUCUGUGUUAGCUUCUCGUUGCUGUGACAGUAUACCAGAGCAAACUCACAAGCAGGAAAGUUUGUGGCUCCCAAUUUCAGUCCAUGGCUGCUUGACUUCGUCUAGUGUGGUGAGAGUACCCCACAGUUACCAUGUUUCCAGUCAUUAGGGCAAAGGGGAAGGGAGGUAUACCUGCCCCUGGGUGUUUUAGGAUAUAGUUAGCAUUGCACAGAUCCAGCUGGUACUGAGAUGCUCACUUAAAGCAUAGCUGUCUGGGGCAGGUAUGAAGUCACAUAAUUUAUUAUAAGCAUCUUCCAAAGGGUUCUUACACACUUCUGCAUGAGAGUGGGGAGGAACAGCUUGCUUCUGAUGGGUAAUUAUGAGAAAUACCCACCUUUCUGCCUUUCCCCGGAGAGCUGGGUUUUAGAGUGAAAGUCCCACAUACUCCUUCCUGUGUUCUGUAAAUUGCCGAGCGCUUUACUCUUCACCUUGGAAUAAAGCUUCCUUGCUACGUC